AUGAUGAACGGAUACAAUAACAAUAACAACAACAACCGCCCUCCGCAUGGCUACAAUAAUCAACGGCAGCCGCCUCCUCCUCAGCAGCAAUAUUAUCAACAGAACGGUGGAGGAAUGAACGUGAAUACCGCCAAUGGAGGAAUGCCUUCUGCCUCAAGAAACAACAACUUAUAUAGUACCGAUCCUUAUUCCAACUUUGGCCCCCAAGGAGGUAAGCCAAAACCUGUCAACAACAAUAAUAACAAUAACAUGUAUCCUCCAAAUGGUGGACCAAGAAAUAGACCACCUCCUCAAAAUGGCCCUCCAAGACAGAAUUAUCCCCCAAGAAACGGCGGCCCUCCUCCUAUUCAAGGAUCAAACGGCUUUGGUAAUGGACCACCACGCAACAACAAUACAAAUGACAACUACGGCGGCCACCCUCCCCAACAACAAAAAUUAAAUCAAAUGAUGAGAGGUCCAUCUCCGGGGCAUGCUACUACUGCGGGAUCUCAGAAUUAUUAUAAUAACAAUAAUAAUAAUAAUAAUAACAUACCUGGCGGAUCGCCAAUUAGAAAGCCUAUGCCAAUGGGUAACGGUUCCCCUAAUCGUGCGCCACCUACAAAAGCUGGCACCAGUUAUCAACAAGGAGCUCCUCCUAAUCAAAAACCUUAUGGAAGAGGACCUGGUAUGAACAAUCAAGGACCACCGAUGAAUAACAAUCAAGGGCUCCCCAAUAAUAAUAAUGGUCAACCUAAUCCUUAUAACCAACAAAACCCUUACAGUCAACAAAAUCCUCACAACCAACAAAAUCCAUACGGUCAGCAGCAAAACCCUUACAAUCAACAAAACCCUUAUAAUCAACAAAAUCCAUACAAUCAGCCGCCAUCAUCAGGUGGAAGUGGCAAUCUCCCUUAUGGAAAUACUCCCCAAAAUGGCAACCAAGACCCACCACCAUCAUCGAGUGGUCGUAAUCCUUAUGGAAAUAAUCCGCAAAGCAACAACCAGCCUCCUCCUCCAUCAAACCAAGGUGUCAAUUAUAAUAACAAUAAUAUGAAUCCUUAUUCUCAAAACAAUCCUUAUAAUCAAAACAAUCCUUAUAAUCAAAAUAAUCAUCUCAAUCAAGGAUCACCUGUUAUGAUUGCCCCGCAAAUGACUUCUUCUUCACAAAUGUCUACUAACGCAUUUGAACAUGAUCUAGUUAAACAAAAUACAGGCGCCAAAGCUAACCCAUUAAACACCGAGAGUGCAAACAACUACAACAACCGGGAAUAUAAUAAUUAUGAUGAUGCCAUAACUUCUAGUUUAGGAGAAGGAGGAGGUGCAAAUGUAAAUGACGGUUAUUUCAACAACCAACAACAAAUUAUCCCAAAGAGAGGCAGCCCACCUCAAGGAAAUCAAGGAAUUGGGCCUGAUCCAAUCAAGGAAAAUAAUAAAAAACCCGAGCCGCCAAAACCUUUGGAUUAUAAUGAAUACAAUAAACGGAAAAACGAUGCUGAAAGAGAUGAAUCCCCUGAUACCCAAUUAUUAUGGGUCAAAGCGAUAAUUGAAGCCACUCAAGAACCAACCUUGAUCAGUGUCAUUGACGUGAAUGGUAAUUACUUACCAAAUAAAUUGACCACCUCCAAAGAAAUAAGAAAGAAUAGAGAUGUUUUCUUGCAUAAAGGGUUAAAGCGCUUGAAGCGUUUGGUAUCCAAAGACCAUCCUGAGGCCAACUACUAUCUUGGAACAUUGUACACCAACGGGAAGAUUUUGGAAAAAAAUUACGAUAAAGCGUUUGAUUAUUAUUUGAAAUCUGCCAAUGGUGGCAGUGGCGAUGGGAUGUAUCGUGUGGCUAUAUGUUACGAAAUGGGAAUUGGGGUGAAACAAGAUGAUAUUGAUGCAUUUACUUGGUUCAAUAAAUCAUCGCAGAAAAAAGUGGUACCGGCAAUGUUCAAAUUGGGAAUGAUUUAUCUCAAAGGUACUUUACAGCAACGUCGGUCGGCUUCAAGAGCAAUUGAAUGGUUGGAACAAGCGGCCAGUCUGGCCGAUGAACAGAAUCCUCAUGCAUUGUUUGAAUUGGGUAAACUUUACGAAGGGUUUUAUCCAAUUUCUUCAUCGAUGGACUCUUUGAAUGUCGAAGAUUCCAAUUUCUUGCGGGAGUUGAAAAUGUUUAUCCCAGAAAUCGAAGAUUCCAAAGCUCUAAAUCUCUACAUUAAGGCAUCCAAACUUAAUUAUUCCCCAGCACAAAGCAAGUUGGGUUGGUGUUAUGAAUAUGGUAAAUUGGGAUGCACGGUAGAUAGCAAACGAUCGAUUGGCUGGUAUUGUCGGUCGGCUGCUCAAGGGUAUGCGUUGGCGGAAAUGGCACUUUGUGGGUGGUAUUUAACCGGAGCCAAAGGAUUAUUAGAAUCGAACGAUAAAGAGGCGUAUCUUUGGGCCCUUAAAGCCGCAGAAAAAGGGUUAUCGAAAGCCGAGUACGCCCUUGGCCAUUUCAAAGAAACUGGUUUGGGAACAGAAAGGGAUGUCGAUGAGGCUAGAAAAUGGUAUAUGAAGGCUGCUGCCCAAGGCCAUCCUAAAGCGAUCCAAAGGAUGCAAGAGUUGAAUUCUCAGUGA